UCAUUGAAGAGCUGGAGAGGCUUCAGUGUGAGAGAAUUGGUCCUGUGAUUGAUGUGACAGUGAUCUCAGGGAAACUGGAGGAGGCACAUCUACCUCAUUACGCCUGUUUAGCAGAGUCAUACUCCUCUCUCAAAUAUGCUGUAAAAGUCCUUGGAAUCUUGGAAUCGGUGGAGCUGACUUGUUUUCAUGCCAAAAUAAUCCAGCCAUCCUUUUGGCCUACCACAGUUAUUAAACAAAAAGACAUCCCUAUUGAACAACAUUUAGAUCUUCUUAUCUUCAUGACAAGCGAAGAUCCUCUUAUUCUCAGUGUCUACAUUCUUCCACUGUUUGAUACUUUUUCAAAGGAAAAAAUUAAGCAUGAAGAAACAGCUAAUAAUCCUCAUGUCCUUGAAAUUGAGCACCCUAGCCCUAGCAUGAAAAUUCAAAUGGACACACCACAUGUUCUUAAAGUAUCCGGUGCCAGCGUAGAUUCCGAAGAAGGGAUUACAUUUUUAAGCAGUAUUCACCCAGUCGUCUUCAAAAUCAAACAAGACAUAGAUGGGGACGUUCAGAUGACUCUCAUCAAACAGCAGCAUGAAAUGUUUGUGUGGAAAACAGUCAUUUGCAAAGACAAACUUAAUCAGAAAAAAAAAGAAAUGAGAAAUUUAAUGGCCAGGUUUGGCAGGUUGUCCACAGAAAUGAGAAAGCACAUCCCUGAAGGACAGAAGCAGAAGCCACGGAAACGUAGGAGUGACAUAAUUCUUCUCUAUAAAGCAUCAGUAAUUGAUAAACGUAAGUUUGUGACCGAGUGUAAUCUUCAAACUGAUGAAUGUGUGGAGCUGGCUGCCCGUUACACUGAACCAGUGAUCAUUCAGAAGAGCAAAGAGCAGACUGAGAAAUACUAUCGUGAGCAUGUGAGGUCUGCACAUGCUUCUGGACUGAAUACAUCUACUCAUCUGUUAUCAAAUGACAAGAAUCAAAGCAUCAGAAUAGACCAGCUGUUCAGUCCUGACAGUGAUGGAAACACACAGAAAACUGUGGUUCUCAGUGGAGAUUCUGGAAGAGGGAAAUCCUUCACGCUACAGAAGAUCAUGUUGGACUGGGCUUCUGGAGAACUUUACUCUGAAAACUUUGAUGUAGUUUUUUUGUUUAAGUGUGAAGAGCUGAAGUGUAUUUUUGAGGAGAUGAGCUUGUUUGAGCUUUUGAGCUGGAGUUGCAGCUUAACAUUGGAUCAGAUCUCACAGAUACUGGAGUUAACAACACCAGAGAAAGUCCUCUUCCUCAUUGAUGGGAUUGAUGAAUAUGUUUCUCAUCCACCCAGUCAUUCGAUGUUAGUACUCACUAAUCCAUCUCAUAGAGCCCGACCCAUGGUCAUUCUUAGGAGCGUGUUAAAGGGAAUCUUGUUGCCUGAGUCAUUCAUUCUUGUCACCACAAGAUCUCGAGCUGCUGAUGCAGUGAUGAACCUCCUCAAGGGUCCUCAGCGUUUCACUGAGAUUAUGGGCUUCUCUGAGAGAGGGGUGCAGGAGUACUUCCAGAAGUUCUUUCAGGAUGAACAGCUCUUCAGGAAAAUGUAUGAGAGAGUGAAGAUAAAUGAAAACCUCCUGACUGCUUGCUCUGUGCCUUUGCUGUGUUGGAUGGUCUGUUUUUGUCUGAAGAAACACAUAACAGAUGAUGAUGGUGUGAUGAGAGAACUAAAGACAAGCACCUCCAUAUAUGUGCACUUUGUGUCCACUCUACUGGAGCAUCAUGACCAGAGUCAGUCUGUCCUCACCAUGCUGAGGAGCCUGGGUCAUCGGGCAGAGGAAGGGGUGAAGAAGCGAGAAGGUCUUUUUGUAGAGAAGAGUGUGACUGCGACUGGCUUAGAUCCUGCUACUAAUGUGUUCUUGUAUAAAGAUAGUUUGAAAAGAAAUAACAGACAGGUGUCAGUGUUCAAGUUCAUGCAUCUCAGCUUCCAGGAGUUUUUCACUGCUCUUUUUUAUGUUUUACUGGAUAAAAAAGAGUCCUGGGAGAAAGUCACAGAUCUGUUGAACUCCCUGAAAAUGAAGGGUAUAAUCAAUAGGCCUUCUCCAGAAAGAAGAACAAAUCCCAUCCCUUCAGUCAUGAUGUUUCUCUGUGGUCUCUUAAAUGAGAAGACGAGCAGCUCACUCUUUGAAAUAAUCAAGUGGACUGUUCCUCAAAUCAUAAAACUAAAGACAAACCUGCAGGAAAGUCUUCUUACAGUGAGGAGACAGCAUGGAUGUGAACUGUUUGCUAUGUGCUGUCUGUAUGAGCUCCAGGAUGAGAAAGUUGUGAGGAGAGCUUUAGGAGACUGGGUAUCCAUCAAUCUGUAUAGCGUUCCCCUGAGGAGCACAGAUUGCUGGGUGCUGCUGUACUGUCUUCAGUGCUGUCCAAACAUCAGAUACCUGAACCUCAUGUACUGUGAUUUAACAGCUGAGAAACUCAAGAUUCUUCAGCCAGCGCUCUGUAUGUGUGAGAAUCUGAGGUUGUCAGUAAAGCACCUGUCAGAAUUUGGAGAUUUGAUCCAGGUUCUUGGUAAAUCUAAGUUCCUGAAAAAAAUGAGGAUUCAGGAAAGUGAGAACAGUGCUGAGAAUCCCAGAUGGUCACUUGAGCUGUCAGUGACUCGUGGAGAUGUUCUGUUGUCUUUGAGCUCCUCAGAAAAGAAUCUAUCGUUUCCAGGAGUCUUAAACAUCACACUUACAUGUCCACAAUCAGAGUUAUCCAGCACUGACUGGACACUCUUCUUACAUAGACUCAGCAAGACAGAAAAAGUAGCAGAAGAUUCUUCAGCUCUUGAUGAGCAUGUCAGUUUGUUGCUGUCUUCAUUUCACUCUGUGGGUUUGAAGACGUUGAAUCUGAAGCUGGUCAGUCUGAAUGAGAGCUGGGCUUCUGGGAUUAUUUUCCUUUCCCAGACCUGCACCAGUCUACAGGAACUCAGAGUCAGUGUCACUGGAUUGCUUUUGGAGGAGGGGCUCACGUUACUGAAGAAAUCACUGACAGAGCCACACUGCACUGUGAUCAUCGAAGGGAGGAAAUGCAGUAAACUCACUGAUCAGUGCAAAGAACAGGACUGGAGUCACAGCUGUAAUGAGAAAGUAGAGAUUCACUUCAAACCAAAGGUUUUGAAAAACCUUAAAGAGCUGACCAUCUCUUACUCAGAACAAUCUGGACUGAAUCUUCAGCCGCUCCCAGUGUGUCAGUCUUGUGUUCACAUUGUUGACUCUGAUCAGUGGGUUCAGGUGGAGCCGUCAGUCUGUACAGAUGAAGGAGGCUCAGAGUUCAGGAUCAGCACUCCGGCGGGUCGAUUCGAGUGCAGCAGGACCAGAAUGCGAUGGAUCUGUGCUGGUGAAAUCACUCUCCAGUAUCGUGCAGUGGAUGGAGGUUUCCUCAGUGAAGAGCUGGAGAGGCUUCAGUGUGAGAGAAUUGGUCCUGUGAUUGAUGUGACAGUGAUCUCAGGGAAACUGGAGGAGGCACAUCUACCUCAUUAUGCCUGUUUGGCAGAGUCAGACCCCUCUCUCACACAAAGUGUAAAGGUCCUCAGUGUUGAAGAUGAGGGAAUAUCCUUGGAAUCAGUGGAGUUAACUCGUUUUCAUGCCAAAAUACUUAAACCAUCUUUUUCUCCUAAAACGAUGCUUAUGAAACUAGGGAUAUCAGUAAAAGUGCACUGUGAUCUACUGAUCUUCAUGACACAAAAGAACCCCAUCAUUCUCCAUGUGUAUUUUUUCCCAUCAGAUUCACUUUUUAAAGAAAAAAUUAAAACAGAGGAAAAACUGAGUCAUCCAAUCAAGUGUUCAAGACCUGAAACUCCACUGCGUAUGAUGAAACAACACAGUCUUGAUGUUCAUGGUGCAUCUGUCCAACCUGAAGCAAUCAAAUUAAGAGGUGACAUCGAGCCAAACUUCUUUCAGGUCAAACAUCCUGUGGACAAUGACAUCAAAAUGUCACUCAGCCAAGUUGAUGAUCAGAAAUCAGUUUGGACUGCAACAGUUUGGAAAGAAUUAAUCAACAUGCAUCCAAACAGGGCUGAGAAUUUGUUUCAAACAGGACAAAACCAAAAUACACCACGAUUGUCUGUCAACUUUGAUAAAGUUCAGUUUUUUGAUAGAAAUUGGUGUGCUCUUAUUAGAAGUGUUGAGAAUGUAAAUAACAUUGCAGACAAUCUGCUGCAAAAGCAAAUCAUUCAUGAAGAAUUAUAUUCUGAAAUCACACAUCCAACUUCAACCAGUGAAGCCAGCAUGAGGAAGAUCUGCAGUAUAGUGCGUAAAGGUAGUGACACUGUGAAAGAAAUGUUCAUCUGCAUUCUUCUGGAAGAAGAUCCCGACCUUUUAAAUCAUUUGCCUUUAUCUGACUCUUAAACUUUUUUGUUUGAUGACUCUACAUUUUAUUUUACAUGAAUUGGGAAAUGACAUGUAAGCUAUACAGGCAACCAAUGCCCUGGAGAGCUCACCCUACUAUACUGCAGCUUUUGGAGAACAGUAUUUUAACAAAUCAAACUCACAGUUAAAGAACAUUCAAAUGCUCUGAUUGUCUUUUAAAAUUAAAGGGGAAAAAACUGUUGCAAUAUAUUUUCCUGUCUGAUAAGAACACUGAAUCAAAUGAAUGAAAAAUAUUUCUGUACAGGUUUAUUUCUACAGUUGUGUUGUAAUGCUUGAUGGUUCGUGACAUAUCCUGAGAAGAACUCCGCAUUUGCCAUUGCAACUUACCUAUGAUAAAUUAUGGCUGAGAAUGGACACUUCACUCAUGUUGGUUGCGUCAGCGUCAUAAUUUCCAGUAUAUAUAUAUAUAUUUUUUUGAAUUUGUGACUGGUAGAUGGAGUGCUAAAAUAACGUUAUUAACUGGUUAAUGGCCAUUAAAAAAAAAGUUCAUUCAGAACUAUCUGUUUAGACCUGUUCAUUUUCUGUUUUUGGUUAUGUUCCUGUCAAAAUUUCUAUUGUUUCUGUUUUCUGUUUUCAUUCCUUCAACAGGUUCAGAUCCCUGAUGCAGACAGACAAUAUGAAGAACAGAUGGAAAACUAAGCUAAAGCUAAAGUGACCUGGUCCCAUCUUGGUGCCCCCAGAAUGUGAUUUCUACAAAUGGUUGACACCAAUCCAUGAAGCCAUGUAAAAUAUAUGGGUAGAGCUUAAUCAGAGUUUCUUUUUUUUUUACAAUUAUUUUUGUUUUCCCAAAAGGAAACGUGUCAUUUUCAACUUGUCAAACCUGUGUGAGCUUCUUUCUUCUGGUUUAAAUUGUUACGUGUUUGGAACAGCUUGAGAGUAAGUUAGCAAUGACAAAAUGUAAAUUUUUGGGUGAACUAUCCCUUUAACAUUCAGUUGAGUUCUCAGUGUAUACUUCCUUUUUUCUCUUCUGUAUUUUGUCAUAUUUCAAUGCUCUGUACUGUCUCAUAAAGGCAGACGUUUCUCUUUGUGUAAAAUAAAUACUGUAUAAUGCAA